GCUUUUCAUCGAGAAUGAGCCUGUUUUUGGUGAGGUUGACCGUCUUGAUUUGGCAGAGGACUUGCUGCCGAUCCGCGUGAAGCCUCCACCACCACCACCGGCCACCCCAGCAGCGGCGGCUGCAGCAGCCGCCGCAGCACCAAUCUCGAGUGGCACGGGAAUCAAAUAUUACCUUGGCUCAUUGGGUCCGAUGGAAGACGCUGUGAAAUUCAUGUCGGAUUUUCACUACGUUGGCGCAUUUGAACUCUACUCGGCUCUCUGCCUUUGGAUGGUACAGGAUGAUUCUCCCGAUGAAAGCCGCAUAUACGUCCCGUCACCGACUCUUCUUCUUGAUCACUGCAUGGCGAAAUUUGCGGUACUAACUUUUCUACACACUCAAUUUCUGGCAUUUAUAGGUCUCCACCUGGUCCCGGAGAAAUGCUUUCCGUUGUAGCCGUACGUCAACCGGCCUACUCUUACAACGCUCCUACUUGAGUAUGCGUACAACUACUAGAGAGCCAGUCUUUUUUGUAAUUGUAACGACCUCUCACUCCCAGUGAGUCCCACCAUACUUCUACCAUCCACAGCAUCUAACCACCAUGACCACAGCAUCUAACUCCGGACCCAGCCCUGCAUGACUUGCAGGAGAGUCUAAAUGAAGGACCAUUGGCAUUUGCGCGAGCAGCUGGCUACGACGUGGAAGAUAUUACGGAAUUCGACCUGUGGUGCUUGCAGAAACUUGCGCCGCAUCUGAUGGAAAUGCCCUUGAUCGGUGCCUGUCGUGCAACAGACGAUAAAAUGGGAGCGACGUUGUUUAAAUUAUGGCUGAGAAUAAAUCAAGAAGCUCAAAACGAAAAGUACAAGGUAGAGGUAUUCGGGUAUGAGAUCCGAUUCUAUCACGAGAAUAUAGAUCACCAGAAGACGGAUCACCUACUAGGGGAUGAAUGCGGUACGCAUAGGCGCUCGUUCUAAGCAUAGACGUCGGCAGCUUCGAAGUUGGGCAGAGAUUGCCUUUUGUGAAGACGAAUUUUUUGAACGUCACCGACCAAAUGCGGCUGCAUACGAAGAAGUGCUUCCACAUGUGGCACCAUCUAGAAGUUCCUUGCACUCGAGAAAUCUACCCGUCCAUCGUGGAGGUGCGCAUGUGCAUCGAUGCAGAGUUGAAUGGGACCUACCGCAGAAUUUCCGAUCUGGAAUUCCAACAUGUGGGGGAUAUAUGCACCUACAGCGGUAGCGAUCGCAAAAUCGCGUACGAUCCCUCGACGUACGUGUGGUCGCUUGGAAACAGAACAAGAGGAGAAGCAGCAUAUUUCACGAUACCAGAAGGUGAAGGGUUUGGUAAGCCGCCAUACGGUACAGUGGACGACGGUAGAGCGAUUCAGCCACCGAUUACUGACUGGAAAAGCAGAGAAGGGUAUCUCAAUCUCUCGUCUUACUUCGAAAGUUCUCUUUUGCAUGCCUGCUACAGACACGUGAUUGAAAAUUUUGGAUUUACCUACGCCGAAAAAGUAUGUACUACAUGCUGUAAUUGAAUGAUGCUCGUAAUGAUAAUGCUAGUAAUGUUUUUCAACAUGAUGAUUAUUCAUACUCAUUCGUCAUCCACGAGCACGACCACCUUUAGGCACGCCAAGAGUCCGCUGUUUGUGUUCCGACAAGAGUAUUUGUCAUAUGCUCCCGCGCGUUGUGUGGAGAACUCGAUCCACGGCGAUGCCAGUAAGAACGCGGUGAAAGCUUUGUCGAAUUUGCCUCUGUCUGGGUCCAAGCAGCUGCUGCAGCAAGCGAUCAUGGACUGUCGUCGGAACGGCGCCACCGUGGGCGCAAUCAAAGAAGGCAUUCCACGCGGUGCGCGCAUGUCGCAUUUUGAGAAUGUCGAAGGGGAGGUUUUCGCGGAGGACUCUGAGGUUGGUCGCCAGUUCUUUAUCGACCUACAGUUGAAGUACGAAGCGUUGAACGCUCGACACGAAGGCUCGCACGCGUUUUUGAGUGAGCAAGUGCGGCACGCAAUGAUGAAAGGCCAGGACAAGUUCAAGGAGAAAAACCCGCAAUCGAAGAUGCCUUACCUUUGGGGACAGCACGGCCAGGCCAUGCAGAUGCACAAACCGGUCGAGAGAGCGAGACUUAGUACUGUUGCACUUUUCUGCGUAUAGCAUUCGACAGCAAGGUGAUGCUCGGCUAAACUCUCUAUUAAUCGAUAAUUGAAAGAGAAGUUCCAGUCAUUAUGUGAUCUUGUUGAAUGUAUUCCUUUUAAUUGCCACCUGUAGAAGGAAACCUUCUCGAACCUGAUACAGAUGCUCCUGUCGAAACCAAUGAGUUUCUAUAUGUGAAAGCCGAUGGAUCCGGUGCGUUGCUCCAAGACACACGUGGAGACGAGGACGGUCUGAACCUCUAUCACCCUGACGACGAUCCUUGGCACUACGACCGGUCGCUCGCGUGCUUCCAGAAUGACGCUAGUCUUCGUGGCUUCGUUCAAUUUUUGAGUGGCGAGAAGCUCUCCUACGUGGAGGCCGGAGUAGCAUCAGACGGACACGCAAACAUGACUUUCAUUUAUGAGCAAGAAGCGUACACUCUUGUUUUUUGAAGGCCUGAGGGAUUUUCUACAGACGGCUGAUGUAGAACGACCAUGCUGGAGUUUAGAAUCUUCUUCUUGGAUUCAUGAUAACUCUGUAUCUGCUAGGUGAUGAGAGAUUAUUUGUAUUCCGUAAUCAAAUGCUUAUCCCUGUCGUGGUUCUAAUCUGAGCAUGAUGGUCGCAAAAUGCACUGGGAGGGACUCACAGUGGACCGAAAGUUCCAUGGUCGUGGUAUGCUGAAAACCGAUGGCUGGAGCUACGAUGGACAGUGGGGUGCCGGAAUGCGCAACGGGUUUGGUAAAUACAAAACGAAACCAAGUGCCAAGGUUAUGGAGUAAGGAAUCGCAAUCUUUCAUUCUGAUACUGUUUGAUGGGGACGACGAGCGUCACGAAUUUACUUUCUUGUUCGAACUUAUAUUUCUGCGCCGUCCUCGUCUUUCUUCAUCUUAUUGUUGUUGUUCUCCUUAACACAGAGAGAUUCAGUCUUGCUUGCUUCUAACCAAUCCGGUUUCGUGAGUUACGAAGGUGAGUGGCUCGACAACAAAAAGCACGGGGAGGGCGUGCUUGACUUUGACGGCGAGCGCAAGAUUCAGGCGAUCUGGAAGGAUGACAAGGUUUUCCGCGUCAUCAAGUACGAGUGCGAUACUGCGGAAGACGAUCUCGACUUUUCGGUCCAGAAGGAUAUUGAUAUUGCCAAAAAUGAUGGUUAAGGCUCUCGAUAAUUCAUCCUCACCCUCCCUGCUUCCCUCCCUGUUUCCUUCUUGGGUUCAGAGGCUAAGUAGACCUUAAAAGAUGAAUUACGUUCAGAGCUAAGAUGGAGAAUUCAAGAUUUUUAUCCACCUCGAUGGGGAACAGGUAGGUAUGCCAGUGGACGCGGAAAAAGUAGCAGAGAACGACGAAUUUCUCAUGGAUGGCGUGCGCUACAAGCUCGAGGGAAAAACCUACUCCUAAUAUGGCAUCAGCUCAGGUGUGUCAGGCUCACGAUUUUAGCCAGAAGUGUUGAGACUUUCACAUCAAGAAAGAACUAGUGCAGAUGAACGAAGGUCAAUUACAAUUGAUAUAGUGAUAAAUAAUUAAACAGAGCUAGAUGAAGUUAGAAUGACUGUGUGUUAGGAAUGUUGCGAGUGCUUCCUAUGAAGCCAUCAUUUUCAAGGAGAACUUAUUUUCGUUGUCCUUUACCUUUGUUCUAUUUCUCUAUCCUUCUAACGUUUUCAAGGAGCAAUAAGACAGGGACUCUACGAGGGUGACCCGGGAACGCUUAAGACUAGCGUAGGAACCUACAAGGGAACCUUCCGAGACGGCUUGAGACAUGGGACUGGCACCUUGACGAUUGAGAAUUUCGUGAUUGCCGGCCAAUCCUUCAAGAAAACGGUUGUCACGUCAGCGAAUUGGAAAAACGAUUUUCCAGUCGGAGACGCGGAGGUAAGAACUAUAAUCUUACCAUAUCGUCCUCGUCGUGCCUGUUUUUCUACAUGUAUUUCGUCAGCUCAAGCGCUUCUGCAGGAGAAACAUCCAUGAUGUGGGUCCUCCUCGUUCGAGUUCAAGUUGUACUCAAUCUGUAGUAAUUUGUGGCCAAGCUCUACCUGAGAUUUUUACCUCGGUAUCUCAAUCUCCUUUCAGGUUACCUUAGGAUGUAAUAACACUACGAUUAGAGUGAACGUAGAACCUGAUCGUACGUUCGCGCGUGUGGGUCGUGGGCUCUUUGGGUUUGGUGGUGGUGCGGGCGCGAUCACCGCGGAAGGUGGGAGAAAGCCUGGUCUAGUCGCGGGUUUGUUUAAGGCCAUGCUCGACAAUUCGUUUCCACCUUACGUAGAAUUGCUUUCAUUUCACUUUGGGAGACGAAGAGGAAGAAGAUCCACUUUGUUUGCUAGAAUAAGACACCUUACUAGGAACAAACUUUCAAGUCGUGAGAAAUGACCCUCUAUCAACGAGGUGGUCUAAUUCGUGCGCUAGGGGAGGGGCGAAAAACAAAAAGCCGAAAAGCGGUGACGACGAAGACGACAUGAACGAAGAUGACGAAAACAAGGACAAGGAGGCAGAAGAAGGCGAAGAGCCCACGCCAAGAGAGCCGGUUCGCCCUGCACAUACGGGUCCAGUCAAGGCGGCUGAAGAGCUUCCGCAAGACUUCUUCACCAAACUACCGGCAACACCUCAACUAGGGUACUGCAUGUGCAUGUGCAUUGCUCUCUGGGUUUGGAUCCUAUGAAGGCUUUUUCUGUCAAGAAAUUGGAGGUUUUAAUAUCGCGUUAAGAAAUUGGAAAGGUUCACGUUCAUCGUGUCAAGAUAGUAUACUGAUUCCAGUACAACAUGAUGAUCACGUGCUCGUGGGUGUGUAUGAUUCAGAGUUACAUAUAUUCAUGAUUAAGUAAAACUUUCACAACAUUCACGACCAGGUAUAAAGGUCGUGUCGAAUUGAAUUUCUCCGAGCACGUCCUGAAGAAGGAGUGGCCGCAUGAUGUGCCACGCGGACCGCCAUCUGUUCUUGACAGAGUGCGCGAUGGUGGGGAAAGCCUCAACGACAAGUAUCCAGAGCGACCUGCUUUUCGCGACGCACCGCCACACCUGACGAAACCGAGUCAGGCUGUUUUCCACUACCUGUCAACGUCCUGAUCAUUAGGUAAUCGUUGUAGUUGUAGGUAGAUAGAGAGAACGAGAAGUCAAAGCAAGUAUAAAUAUUGGAAAACCCACUGAUGAUAGAUUGGUCGACCGAGUACAAUAUCAUUAAACCAAAAAGCGGAGCGGCAGUAAAAAAAAGCAUUUUCCUGUAGUAAACAAAUUCAGAUCGGCAUAGAUUGGUUCGUUGUCAGUCAGCUUUUUGAUAUAUUCUACUUUUGGUUAUGCUAUUGCAAUUGCUAUCAUUUCUCAUAUCUUCAGUCUGUAAGAUAAAUAUAUUUCCUUAGAUUGAUGAUUACAUUUUGCAUUUUAUCCGGUUGUAUCUUUGAUGAAUUCUUUUUGUAUAUUUAUGAAGCCCGUAGUAGCUAUGUUGCAGUUAUGGAGGAGGACGCGUUGUACGUCGACCGUUGGACAAAUGUUAAUGACGAGAAAUUAUUUCUCUCCCUCAUCGAACUAUGUCGAUGUCAACAACCGCUCCUUAUUGAUGAUGCGCCGUUUCGUUUAGCGACCUGCGUUAGAAGUGGUUGACUCAUAUGAUCGUUGCGUCAUCUUCCAGGUUAACGAAUUUAUAUUCGUCGACGCGAAUGGAAUGUUCAGCUUACGCUUUGCUUUUCCAAGGCUAAAUUCUUGGAAAAGUGAGUUAGGAGUCAGGUCUACGUUGAUGACGACCUCAUUGCGACGAAGAAUAUCCACAAACAGCAAUCCCAAUCAAGUGAUUCAUUGCUAAAAAUUUCCUUUGCAGCACGAUGAAAAGAAUAUUCAACAGACCUUGAAGAAUUUGUUGUGAUAGAGAAAGAAACUGAUUCAACAAAGUAGCCGUUGAAGCUACAGGG